AGAGACGCGAAAGAGGCAAAAGAGCGCUCGGAGGAAACGCGAGAACAGAGCCGGAGAGCGAAGAGACCUCGCGUGCACUCGAUCACUGUGUGUGUGCGCGUGUGUGUAUGUGUGUGUAUGUGUAUGUGUAUGUGUGUGUGUGAGUGUGUGUGUGAGAGAGAGAGAGAUCGAGCGGUCCGGCGGGAGAGUCGCUCCUCUGUCCCGCGAUGGCUGAUCUUAUCCACAUGCACGACUCCUCGGCUGCGCUCGUGAACCGGUUCGCCCGCAAAGGCGCGCUGCGUCAGAAGAACGUGCACGAAGUAAAGAACCACAAGUUCAUCGCGCGCUUCUUCAAGCAGCCCACCUUCUGCAGCCACUGCACAGACUUCAUCUGGGGAUUCGGCAAGCAGGGAUUCCAGUGCCAAGUGUGCUGUUUUGUGGUGCACAAAAGGUGCCAUGAGUUCGUCUCAUUUUCCUGUCCAGGGGCUGACAAAGGGCCAGACACAGAUGAUCCAAGAAGCAAGCACAAAUUCAAGAUUCACACUUAUGGCAGCCCCACCUUCUGCGAUCACUGUGGCUCUCUGCUGUAUGGACUCAUCCACCAGGGGAUGAAAUGUGACACAUGUGAUAUGAAUGUACAUAAGCAGUGUGUGAUGAAUGUGCCAAGCCUGUGCGGAACAGACCACAAAGAGCGAAGAGGACGCCUCUUCCUCAAGAUUGAGGUCAGCGGAGACAAACUUCACGUGACAGUUGGUGAGGCCAGAAACCUGAUUCCCAUGGACCCUAAUGGUCUCUCAGACCCAUACGUGAAGCUCAAGCUGAUUCCUGAUCCCAAGAAUGAGACCAAACAGAAGACACGGACCAUCCGCUCUUCUCUCAACCCCACAUGGAAUGAAUCCUUCACAUUUAAGCUAAAGGCCACAGAUAAGGAUCGUCGGCUGUCAGUAGAAGUGUGGGACUGGGACAGGACCACCAGGAAUGAUUUCAUGGGCUCCUUGUCAUUUGGAGUCUCAGAGCUGUUUAAAGCACCAGUGUGUGGCUGGUACAAGAUGCUGAACCAGGAGGAAGGUGAAUAUUAUAAUGUGCCGAUUCCUGAUGUGGAUGAUAUUAACUGGGAACUCAGGCAGAAGUUUGAGGCCUGUCAGCUAAAUAUCCACUUCUUAAAGAAAGCAAAACUGGGCCCAGGCAAGAAAAUGAUCACAUCAUCAGACCACCGGCGCUUCAGUUAUCCAUCCAGCAACCUGGACAGGGUCCGACUCAAUGACUUCCAUUUCCUGGCACUUCUUGGAAAGGGCAGCUUUGGCAAGGUAAUGCUGGCAGAGAUGAAGUCCACAGAGGAACUGUACGCAAUUAAGAUCCUUAAGAAGGACGUUGUGAUCCAGGACGAUGAUGUGGAGUGCACUAUGGUUGAGAAGAGGGUGCUGGCGCUAAGAGACAAGCCACCAUUCCUCACCCAACUCCAUUCCUGCUUCCAGACAGUGGAUCGGCUCUAUUUUGUGAUGGAGUACAUUAAUGGAGGAGACCUGAUGUACCACAUUCAGCAAGUCGGCAAGUUUAAGGAGCCGCAGGCCGUGUUCUACGCUGCUGAGAUUUCCCUGGGCCUGUUUUUCCUGCAUAGGAAGGGAAUCAUCUACAGAGACCUGAAGCUGGAUAACGUGAUGUUGGACUCAGAAGGUCACAUAAAAAUAGCAGAUUUCGGCAUGUGCAAAGAGAACAUGUAUGAGAGCAUGACAACACGUACCUUCUGUGGUACUCCGGAUUACAUCGCCCCAGAGAUCAUUGCAUAUCAGCCUUAUGGAAAAUCAGUGGACUGGUGGGCCUAUGGUGUCCUCUUGUAUGAGAUGUUGGCUGGACAGCCCCCAUUUGAUGGUGAGGAUGAAGAUGAGUUGUUCCAGUCCAUCAUGGAGCACAAUGUCUCCUAUCCUAAAUCCAUGUCUAAAGAAGCUGUGUCCAUAUGUAAGGGGUUGAUGACAAAGCACCCAUCAAAGCGACUCGGCUGUGGUCCAGAAGGUGAGAGAGACAUUAAAGAGCAGGCCUUUUUCCGCAGAAUUGACUGGGAACGACUGGCCAACCGAGAGAUUCAGCCACCAUUUAAACCCAAAAUUUGUGGAAAAGCGGCGGAGAACUUCGACAAAUUCUUCACACGCACCCAACCCAUGCUGACCCCACCAGACCAGCUGGUCAUUGCCAACAUCGACCAGAGCGAGUUUGCCGGCUUCUCCUUUAUCAACCCGCAGUUCAUCCACCCAUCAGUGCACGGAAGUGUCGUAUGAGACAGAAUCAAAGUGUAACUCCCCAAACACAUGGAUGAUGAAUAUAAACUCAAUCUCUCUGUAUACUGUUUAUGACCCUUUAGCAGAGCAGUUUUGAAAGUGCAGCUUUUAAAUGGGAUGAUUAAUGACUGAACGACGAAACAGGAUAACCAGCUUCACAUGGUGCAAUACAAUAAAUAGGUAACAAUGAUUCUGAAAUCCUUAACGGUUUGAUGGCUUUAGUGCAACGAUACCACCACAGCCUGCUUUGUAUCUGGUUAUGUAUAUGUCAAGUCAGUGUGUAUUAAUAAUGCAAUAUAAUUGACCUUAAAGUAUUUGACAAGGAAGUAUGAGAAUAGGGGUGUGUUGAUUCAAUUGGAGCAGUGGGAAAUAUCCGGGAAAACGUGUAGAACUGGUGAAAUCGUUUUAAGGUACAAUACAUUAGUUUUUACCCCUGAAUCCAGAGCCUUGCCAUUCUGUAUGUAUGAGGCAUGUUGACAUGCUUGACUUGCUUUAUUUUGUUUGCAUUGUCAGUUUUCCUUUUAUCUACUGCCAUUUCUAAACUUCCUAAACUAAAUAGACAAGUAUACACAUAUAUAUUUGUAUAUCAAAUAAAAAAGAUGAUCUAUUGUUAUAGGCGUGCCAAAAUGAGGGUGUAUCAAGAGAUUUUAUAAUUCUCACUAUGACCAUAUAUUAAUUUCGUACUUAUGGAUGUUGCUUGUCAUGUUUUGUUCAUUCAGACUCGGAAUUAUUUGUUUAGUGCUACCGUUUGCAGCAUAAAAGUCCUCAAAUGUACGUUCGAUUCCCGAUGACAUUUUGUUUGAGCUGUUAUUUGCAUCAGCAAGCAUGCUGUAUACGGUACACCCAAAACAGAGAGCAAACAGUGUGCUCUCGUACACACUGCAGAGCUGCAUGACACAGAGCUGUUUCUUUCUUUAAAUGCUGACCUUUGAUGCAGAGUGACCACCCUGAUACCUUCCAAACAGACAUUCGUUUACCUUCAAAUAAAUGAAUCAGACGAUGACAAGUUACACACAGUGCGCAUGCAUAGUAGUCUACCAGCUAACGCAUAGUCUAAAGUCCAGUGAUGAAAAGUGUUGGCUCCCCAUGAUCGUGAGCGGUUUGCUGUUCUGAAAAUGCACAAUGCAAUUCUAUGAUGCAUGUUUAUUUCUCUGUUUGUAGAGUCCAUUAGAGAACCCAAUAGACCAGCAACAAUCUUCAGUAUCAAACCUGCUUGCGUUAUACCGUGAGACGAAGUGUGUUUCUGUACUUUUUCCCGUGAUGGAUUUUGUGUUCUCCUAUAUGCGCUGAAAUUCUUCCCUCCUUCUUUUUCCGAAUGCAUUUUUACUUUUUUCCUACGUUCUUUGCUCUCUAUGGAUAGUUUCAUAUAAAGAAGUAUGUUUACUGUUACAUUAAAGCAACACUAUAUCAACCAUUUUUUGUAAAUACAGAGGCUGUUUCAAAAGAGAAUUAACGUUAACUGUAGAUUUUAUACCAAGAACUGAAUGUGCUUUUACAACAUUAGUUGGUUUUGACAGAUCUGUAUGCUUUAGAUCAUUUGAUUAAAGGAGACUAGUUUGGCAGAAACUUUGAUAGCUUUGGUAUUGGCGAACCACGUUAUAUAUGUAUUUCCUGUAUUAAUCUGCACUUUUUUUGUCAAUGUUUAUGAAAGAAUAUAAACAAAGAAGCAGUAUCUAGGUACAGGCACAGUGUUUAUACCUGUGCUCCUGCACGUUGUAUUUCUUUUUCAUUGUGUGCAUGUGUGGUUUCAGCCGGGCAAACAGAGCAUGUAAAUUGAGUGAUAAAUCAAUUUAAAAUCAAGAAAACCGUUAGGAAUGGCUGUUUCAUGCCAAGUACAAACCCUGUGCCCUUUACUUUCAUGUUGUGAUUUUUGUUUCCAUCUUGCACUUUUAUCCAGCCACUGAAUGAAAAACAAGACAUUUCCUGCACAGUCCAAAACUUGUGCAGUCAGAUUUCAUUUCAUUCAAGAACUUUAUCAUUAAUUCCUUUAUUGUAACACAUUGACAAUUUGAGAUGGAUACAUUGGACUAUUGGUUUCCAUAAGUGUCCCAUGAACUGCUUUUAAAAAGAAAUUGGACAUAUCUCGAAUUUAGUAUGUCAUGAAGCUUCACAAAAUAGUCCAGAAUAUCUUGGAAAAGAUACAUAGUUUGCAAGACUAUUUGCAUUGAUCAGUGGUGCGAAUAAUUCGUUAAAUCAUGUCUACUUGUUGUGCAGAUUUGUCAUUCAUUUCAAUAUAAAUACACCUGGUCUUGGAAGGCCCCAAUUUUUCUGAAAACGUAUGAAUCUCUCACACUCUGCAGUGAGGCCAUCCAUCAAGUCAGUGACCAGAUAAGGUGGGCAUUAAUUAAAGAAUGUGAUAAAGUUUAAGGCGUUAUAGCAUAUUUAAGUAGUUAAGACUUAAAACUCUUGCUUGGUUUUCCAGGAAUGUGUCUCGUAUCAGAAUCAGAAUCAGAAAUAGCUCUAAUGGUACUAAUAUCAAAAAUUCACAUUUAGUAUGAAACUCUGAAUCUUUGUCCAUUUGCUCUUCAUACAUUUGUGCCAUAAAAAAAAAUCAGAUUACCAUUGAGAAUGACCCAUCAGGAAUCCAUUUCCCCCAACCUUAUACCUCAGGAUGUUUCCACACACGUGCACUAUCAAUGUGCCAAUGUUUUCAGUGGAUUACUGUCUACUUAGGUAUUAAGCAGUGGAUUUUUCCACUUUGUUAAUUGGAUUUGGACAGAAAUCACUGGUUUGGGUCUCUCGCCAUUCGACAGCAGUGUUCUGUGAAGUGCAUAGAAAUGUAUAUGUUAACCCAGGCCAACUCUUUCCUUUUUAUAGCAGUACAUUUCUAGUAUUUAGUUUAAAAUCACCCAACAUAUAUAAAUACAUACAUAUAAUACAUUAUGUAUUAUAUUUUUCUUUUGAAUUAUUAGAAUGUAUAAACGUUUAUUGAAGGUUCAUCCUGAUGGAAGGUGUGAAUUUAAAUGAGCAAAUAAAACCUGUUGAAUAAAUAAGCAUUUCUGCACAAAAUAUGAAAAUUAUUUAACAGUUACAAUGAUGGUUAUGUCAUUGGGAUGGCACAUAUCUUGCAAGAAUUACAGUGUCUCUCGCAUUGAGAAUGUUGGAAUUAUAUUAGUUAUUUCAACAUCUCAGAUAAUGUCCGAUAUCCAAAAGAACAAAUUCACAUAAAUCUUCCAUAGGAGAUUCAAAUCAGAAAAUUAGUUGAUCCAGGUCAAUGUUUCAUUAUGAAAAUAUGUUUUUCCUUCCUGAUUAUAACUACCAAGCUUUGCAAAGGUUUGUCUUUAUGUUCAUUGUUGAAGAUACUGUGUAUUAAUAAAUGUUAAGAAAACUA